AUUUGUAAUAUUCGUGGACUGCAUUCCGGCUCGGUAUACUAGAUGCUCAUGGGCCACCUUGUAUGACUAUCAUGUUGAUGGCUGACUGGCGGAAGAGUACCGAUUCACUAGCGCAUCGACGAUAAUCUGGUUGUUACGAUUUCCGAGAUUACGCAUCUUCUGUCCAGGCCUCUUCCAAAGAAUAUAUGCCAGGCAAUGCUCAGGAGAAGAGCCCCUAGAGCUUGCUUAUCAUGUCGAAACCAGAAAAUUAAGUGCGAUGUCUUACAAGCAGGGAAUCCUUGCAGCAACUGCAGCCGCACCCAGACCCAAUGUUCAGUGGUCCUUGCUAGAAAGCGACGGAGAGGAAAAGGUGCGAAGACAGGCGCUAUUCCAGAGUCAAACACCCACACUUUCGAGGUCGACCUGCCACACGAAGAUAGCCUUUUUCACAGUGGUCCUGUGAACAACGCGUUGAAUCUAGAGGCGAGCAACCAUGGAUAUCACAUGGUGUCUUCAUUAGCUUGGCCGCGAUCUGAUAACGAUGCGAACGCCUCGAAAGGCAUACACAGUCCCCAAUCCGACUUGGGUCCGGAACAUGCCGUCUCGAUGGAAGCUCUUUUCCAAUCAGAAGACACAUCACAACAUCAAGAAGGUCCAAGUUUACAACCAGACCUCCCAAGCUACAUAGCAGCACUGCCGUCAGGUCUCGACCCAGAUGUCCUUCGGUUCUUACAACAUAAAGGGGCCUUGGUGCCUCCCUCGUUGAUGAUGACGGACGAGCUUAUCCGCGCGUAUGUCUGUUAUGUACACCCAUUCAUGCCUCUGCUGGAUAUGGGGCCUUUCUUCCGAGCCAUCGACAGCGAAGGGGUGAAUACCAAGGUUAGUAUUUUGCUGUUUCAAGCGGUCAUGUUCGCUGGCGUCACAUUUGUCAAUAAGGAGUGCCUGAAAAGAGCCGGUUUCCAAAGUCACAACCAAGCUCGCACGGCAUUCUUCGAUAGAGUCAAGUUAUUAUACAAUGCCGAUAUUGAAUCGGAUCCCAUCACGUUGAUUCAGGUCUUGCUGCUUAUCGCAUUCUAUCACGAUGAGCCGGGUGGUAUGAAAGGAAGACGUUACUUCCUAAGCUCCGCCUUAUCUUUUGCAGCCAAUCUCGGGCUCGACGGAUCCUUCGAACUGGAGACCUUGCCUCUUACAUAUCGGAAGUUCCGUCGCAGGCUAUGGUCAUGCGGUCUAAUGAUUGACGCAUCUGUGUCUAUGAGUGACCGCCGAGCCGCGUGCAUUCGACCUAGAGACUUGACUGCUCCUGCGCUGCAACUAGGCGAUCUCAACAACGAAGAUCUGUCUGAAGUGCUUGACUGGUACUACAUGAGAGAUCGUGAAACAGAUGCAAGGAUCUUACGAAAAUUGAGCAUUAUGAAUAUCAAACUAUACGUCUUGAUUGACCGCAUUCUGAAUAUCCUCUACACACCUACUACUAUUCACUCAGGCAACCUCGCAGUUGACACCAAGACAGUCCUCGUUCCAAAGACCUCAGACACCUUUGCUCCAGACUGCGUGACUCUCGACCGAGAAUUACGCGAAUGGUACGCGGAACUGUCCAAUACCGAAGGGAGCAAUGUUGGCCGGGACCAUCGCCGUAACGGACGAGUGGUCGGUGUGCAUUCUGCCAUUGUCGAAAUGCUGUACAACACAGCGCUGAUACUGGUUCAUCGCCCUCACGAUGCUGUCAAACACCCAGACAACUCUGCAGCAAGGUCUCUCCGGGACUUUUCCGAGACUGUCACAAAACAAGCCGCGCGGAGAGUCACAGACAUAGCCACUCCUCUUCAGGAAGGCGACUUGCUCCGUUUUCUCCCGCCGGUCGGCGCGACGGCAUUGCUCAAUGCCGCCAUGGAACAUGUCAAAGAUGCUCUGCCAGGUGAUACGGCGAUCAACAGUGGUGGACGCUCGUAUCUUGACCAGACCAAGAUGCUGCUAGUCGAUCUUCAGGACGUAUACGGUUCGGCAGGGUCGGCAGUCAGAGUGAUCGAAUCGGUUUGCACAAGAUCAAGUUUUUUCACUGAGAGUAGGCUUCAAGCUGGGAAUCAUGAGGGUUGUCAUACGCAUGCUUCUCCAGAGCUGCUCGACACGGGACACGCUGCUCAACUCCUCUCCUCUGGAAGAUUGGACAUUGCGGCAUGUGAGAGCAUUGACUGGUCGGUGGUUAGAUGAGCGGAGAUGAUUUUGAGGUUAUGACUGCUUGAAUGGCCACGGUUGUUUCG